AAGCUGUGGUUCCUUAUCCGGGGACUACAUCGCCCCAUGCCAUUGGGCCAUCGAAUCACGUGGUAAAAGUAACUUUACAGGGUUGCUCGCUAGUAGGAGGGCUUUAUGGAGCAGAAAAACGACAAAGCUAGAAAAAUUAUUUUCCACUCCAGAAAUUAAUGAUCAUGAGCUCGUAUUUGAUGGACUCUAACUACAUCGAUCCGAAAUUUCCUCCUUGCGAGGAAUAUUCGCAAAAUAGCUACAUUCCCGAACACAGCCCCGAAUAUUACAGCCGUGCAAGGGACAGUGGCUACCAGCAUCACCACCAGGAGUUAUACCCUCCGCGGGCAAGCUACCAGGAGCGUCAGUAUAACUGUGCAAGCAUCCCUGAGCCUGAUACUCAAAGAGGACAUGGACUGCCUCACGCGGGGCACCUGCUCGGAAAAGGGCAAUCUGCCUCAUGUGAGCCCCCACCGUUACCCCUGUCUCCUGCCACCCCUCCGGCUGCAUCGUCCGCCUGCAAUCAAGCCACCCCGGAGCAUCCCAACAGCUCAGCUUCUGCCAAACAACCCGUAGUGUACCCCUGGAUGAAGAAAAUUCACGUCAGCACCGUGAACUCUAGUUACAAUGGAGCGGAACCCAAGCGGUCUAGAACUGCUUACACUCGCCAGCAAGUCUUAGAAUUGGAGAAGGAAUUCCACUAUAAUCGGUACUUAACACGGCGAAGACGUAUCGAGAUUGCUCAUUCCUUGGUCCUCUCGGAAAGGCAAAUCAAAAUUUGGUUUCAGAACCGCAGGAUGAAGUGGAAAAAAGACCAUAGGCUGCCAAACACCAAAGUCAGAUCCUCUUCCUCCACGGGCAUUUCCUCCGGGUCCAACACAAGCUCAGCGGCUGGGGUUGUGGCGGCAGCUUCCACCACUAACACCAUGUCAGCCUCCGAGGACCUCUCCGGAAGCGAGCGUGGCGAGGAUAUUACAAGGUUAUAAGAGAACUAUUUCGAGGAGAGAAGGGAAGAUCAAAUGACUGAUUAUUUAUAAAAUAUAAUAUAUUUUGUUUUCGUAGGUAUCUUGUGCGUAAAGGGGUUCCUUUAAGUCCACAGUUAUAUAAAAUGCAUGUUAUAUAGCAUGGAUUAUUGCGAAUACCUAUGGAUUAUUUUUUACGCAAAACAGGGUUUAAUUUAUCUAAAACUGAAUCAAUAUGAUGUUUGUUUUUGUUUUGUUUUUUUCUAAGAGAAAUGUUUUGGGCGAAGCAGGAUAUGGACAUUUUAUUCAAAUGUUAUUUGAGGGCCUUUCUUUGCCCAGCUGCCAAGGUGAAGUGCACAACGAAUCUAUUUAUUUCUCACUUGAGAGAGCUGGUACCUUUUUUUUUUUGUACUGUAAAUGAAAAACACUAUCGUGGGUAUCGAUAGGAGAAAAAAAAAGAUAUUAAACGUCUUUGUUUUCUUUAAAUGUAAAUCAUGCUGUGGGUUAUCUGUCGUAUGGAAAGAUUAAGAUUUUAAAUUAUAAUUUAGUUUUUGUUGUGAUGGAGUUGUGUUUAGGCUUUUAACAGCAGAUUGUUGUGAGAUGCAAUAAAACCAGUUUAGUGUAUUUGUGCUAAUUAUAUUGGUCAAUAAAACGUAAGUGUCUAUUAGUUUUA